AGUCCUCCAUGUUCUCCUGUCUAGCGUCCUCCAUGUUCCCCUGCGGAGGCCUCCGAGUCUCUGCAUGCCGCUCAGAGUUCCAUCCUCUGACUUCCUCCUCUGUGUCUCUAGGAGAAGACGUCCAUGAAGAGUCUCCGCGGGUCAGAAGACGCGUCUAUUAUAACGAUGGACACCGCCAAGUGUACGGCACCUUGUACUGCACCAGCCACAGGAUCGCUUUCCGGCCAGACUGCGUACACCCCCCCGAGCAUUCCUCCGGCGAGGCGAUGUUUGACAAUGACAACGACAUUGCCCUGCCCUGCGUUGACAGGAUUGUGGCAGUGGCUGGGCAGAGUAAAGUAAAGGUUGUCACUCCUUCGCUGAGCCUGAAGUUUGUGCCAGAAGAACUUCUGAUCCAUUACCGAGGAUUCCGCCUCAUGCACUUCCACUUCAGUGACAACGGCCUGAAGACCGAGGCCUACACCGUAAGAUCUCAUUGUAUGCAGGAGGAGGGAAGAAUAUUGUCUUAUAAUAGUGUCCAUAGGAAGCCCAACAACCAGAGCGUCCUGCGGAGCCUAGAUAGGCGGGAAGGCGCGGCGCACAUGGAUUACCCCACAAAGCUUUUUGAGUCGGCCAAGGACUGGGAGAAUGAGAUGAAAAGGUUGGGAGCAACCGCAUGGAGGGUGACACCCCUGAACGAGCGCUGUGACACCUGCACCAGCCUCUCCAAGUACUUGGUCGUCCCCUGUAAGCUCCUAGACAAGGACCUGAAAAGGACAUUCGCACAUUUCCAGCAGCGGCGGAUCGCUCGAUGGUCGUGGCAUCACCCGUGUGGAAGUGACCUGCUGAGAGCGGCCGGAUUCCAAACCAACACAGACCCCGAUAAAGAGGACCUGAAGUCGGUCAGGUGGCUGUUAUACGCGCACCAUGCGCAGUGCGUUGUCAUUGACACGUCUGAGGACCUUCCGUCCAUCGCCGACAUCCAGAUCUCUCACCUCAAGUUGCGCAGUUUGUGCUCAGCGGACACGUCAACCCCGACGCCUGAUGAGAAAUGGCUCUCCAGCCUGGAAGGAACCAGAUGGCUUGAUCAUGUGAGGUAA